GCUUUCUUUGAAUUUAUGAAACAAAAUAGACUGAAGCAAUGGAGCAUUCCCAUUAAACCAAAUUAAUAGCAUGAUGAAGAAAGUCCUCAUUUGCUGUAUCAUAGCAACAACAAAGAUUGGCUCAGGAGGUGCGUGAAUCGUAUUUCUAAUAGAUUUGCGUAUUUAAUGUCCGAUAAUUUUGAAGAGCCCCUCUCAGAGGGUGAGAUAGCCAUGAUAAGGUAGCUUUUCAGGUUGCGUCGCUUUAUUUGUGCUAUGAAGACUCGAUGAGAUAAAAAAGAAAGAGACUACUUAAGGUGCUAGAUUGUUUCGCUCCCAACUCAUUCCCACUAGAAAAAAGUAUUCUGAACAUGCGGUAUUUUUCAAACGCCUUUAAUCGCUGAUACCUGAACCAGGGAGUGUUCCGCUCACGAUGUCAACAUUAACUCUACUGCUUUGUUUUCAAGGCCUUGUAAACAAAUGCUAUAAUUGGCCUUGAGCAGUGUUUUUCUUACGCAAGAAUUAUACAUCGCUAAAUAUUUUUAUUUUUUAAAAUAAACAUAGCUUGUAUGGUAAUCGUUCUUAUACUUGACAUCUACGCUUGCACAUAAAUAUAUUUCCAAAUAUUAAUACGCUACUUUUUUGCUAUAGUGUAUUGUGUUAUUGAUGCAUUCUUAGCAAUUUUGUUAUUGCAACUCUUAAUUGUGAUUGCUUUUUAGUUUGCAUUCCCUCGCAACGGUGUCUCGACUGGGAAGGGUUACUUUUUCCAAAACGCCUGCUACGUCUGGGGUUCUGCUGAGUUUGCGGGUGGAAUAUGUAGAUUUGAAAUUUCGCUAUCAUAGAUCGCCCGAGUUGUUAUUAAAAACAUAUCUUUUUAUCGCUUUGUGUAAUUCUACUUCCAAAGGAAACACCAUUGAUAUUAGUGAAGAGAGCAAGCGCGGCCUAUUUCCAAUUGUAGCUUCGUCCUUGCUUUUUUUCCUUUCAAAAGGGAUACCAUGUAGCUAAAAUAAUGCAUUUCUGAAAAUCAUUACUCUAUUAUUUGAUUCCGUAGGCAUAAACUUGACCAUGUUUCUUUUCCGUUGGUCGCAGGCGCUGUUAUACGCGCUAGUAGUUUAUUAGUCACAUUACUAUCUUAAGAAAAAGCCUCCUCUGCUUAACCCGGUUUGGGUAUGUUCCUUAAUGGACAGAUUUCGUUGUAUAUUUCUGUCGGCUAAACACGUCACGCGCGUUCGCGUGACGUGGUGUGGGCUUGUCAGCUACACAUUUUUGUAGUAGGGCCGUACAUAUGCUAGCGUGCCUUAGUUUUAAUGUCCUCAAGGAGAAGGAUGGCAUUGCCUUUAUCUCGUAGGUAAAUGUACUAUUCUGCUUCUAGGUUGGUCUACUCUUUACGUGGACUUUCCUACUUCCCCCUAUCACACAUACACUUCGAAUCUGACGUGAGGUGUUUAUAUUCUCACGGAAAGCGUCGUAGUACUCCUUCAACUUGUGGCGUGCGCUGUUCUGCUUUCGAAAUCGCUCUUGGAAUCGGUGCCCGCUUCCUGAAUGGAUUCAAAGAAACGGUGCUGAGUCUAGUUUUGAAAGCCGACGUCAUAUUAUGA